CAUGACCGGACACGCACGGGCCAAUCAGAGCCCCUCGUAUCAUUACACCUUCUUUUCAGAAAUCAUUCAUAACGCCGAUGCGUCAAACACUCAGCACCCGGCUAUAAAUACGGCUGCGCGCAACGCAGAGUUAGACAUUUUCCCAAAAUCAAACGAAAGGCACAACUGAACACGCGCCGUGGGGAUCCGCCGUAAUUCUUCUGAUUCUUCUGCUCUGCCUUGCUCUGCAUCUCCACUUCCCCACGUCUAGUAUCCCGAUCACGUUGGCCAUGGAUGGAUUAUAUCUGAGGCACGUCGUGGUGGCGGCGGUGUGCUCUGUGCUCGUCACGGUCACGCCGGGGUCCCCGGUGGUGGGGCCAGAGCCGAUCCGCUGCGCGCCGUGCACCCCGGAGCGGCUGGGCCAGUGUCCCGCCGUGGCCCCCGGAUGCGCCGAGGUGCUGCGGGAGCCGGGCUGUGGAUGCUGCCUCGCCUGCGCCCUGAAGGCUGGGGAGCUGUGCGGCAUCUACACGUCGCCGUGCGGCUCCGGACUGAGGUGCACCCCGAGACCCGACGACCCCCGGCCGCUGCACGCCCUCACCCGCGGGCAGGCCGUGUGCACGGAGAGCCCCGGGCCACAGCCCACCCCGGAGCCCCAGACACAAGCUCCGGACUUCACGUCUGACACGUUCAUCCGAUUUCCUCCACCAGAUCAGGGAGAGCCCGAGGCGGAGAUGGACAACGCAGCCAUCAACUCGGACCCCGGCAUCCGCUACCCCCCCGGUGUCAGCAAGCCCUACGACCCUCGUGUGGCCGCCGACGCUCAGGAGAGCAUGAAAGCCAAAGUCAUCGCCAUGCGCAGGAAACUGGUCGAGCAGGGCCCCUGUCACCUGGAGCUGCAGGUAGCUUUGGACAAGAUCGCCAAAUCCCAACAGAAACAAGGAGACAAGUUAACCAGAUUCUACCUCCCCAACUGCGACAAGCACGGACUUUACAAACCCAAGCAGGUUGGUACCUUCAGUCAGAUUGGCCGUGAGUGCGAUGGGGAUGGAUUCGUGACUCGUGUCAGCACGAAAGAAUCUCCCCAAGGCAGCCAGAGCUCUGACACGACUUGUGAAUCCUCCCUGGAUGGACAGAAGGGUCGAUGUUGGUGCGUGAUCUCCUGGAACGGAAAGAAGGUUUUAGGCUCCACCAACCUGCCUGCAGACGCUGAGUGCCCUUAAAGAGAUCCACCACUGAAGCCGAUCUCACAAAAACACGAAGAAGACGAAGAAGCAAGCCACUGAUUAGUCCUUUUUGAUAGCUGUUUAUUUAUUGAUCUUGUCCAUGGUGGUGUUGAAUUCAGGUACACUGUCAUAGCAGGACUGAUGGUCCCAACCACCCUGAACUCCACCUUCCUCUCUCCCUCCUCUUCAUACACCGUCCCAAAGAGAAAAAAAAUCUAUUUUUGUUUUUUCUGAAAAGGAGAUUUUAAUAUUGAUGCAUUUACUUCUACUCUUCAGCCUUAUUUAUUUCAAUUUUAUUGCAUUUUAUUUGUUAUUUGUAAUUAUUCAUGAGUAUUUAUAUCAUUUUUUGCCUUAUUGUUAUUAUAAUAUUAUUUUUAUGUGUGUAUAAAGUGUAUAUAUGUAUCUUGGCCCUGAGUAACUCCAUUGCUGAGUUGAGCUCGCUCUGCCCUUAAGGAGUUGUCUGGAGGUUUGGUUUGGGACGAACCAAGCAAGAACAAAAGCACUGAGUGACCAAACGUCAUUUAGAAGUUUUCUAAAUGGCCAUACGACUCAUUUUAAAGUUGUCGCCAUCUUAUUUUUUUGCUUUUUGUUAUCAUUAUUUUCUGGUGUGAUACAUCAGCUCUUGUCGGUGAAUGCAAAACUCUCAGUUGGGAUUUCAAAACACUCUCAGAAAACAUUUCCCAUGAUUCCAUGGGGCUGCAGAUAACGUGACAGGCGGCGACCUCCUGCGCCGCCUCUCAAACGGGUAUUUCUACAUAAACCUACCUCCAAUAUUUACAUGUCCGCUGUCAGUUGUGUUGAUGUAUCUGUCAAAAAAGAAGAUGUGUUACUUUCUACGUUGCUGUUCUCUUUGACCAAGAACACAUGACCACAAAGGGCGGCGAACCGUGGCGUUCUCAGCUCUGUCUACAUGCUGCUGUUGGAGAGAGAAUUGUUGUUUAUGUGAGUUGAUUCCAAAGUGACUAACUGCUCACUGUGUGUAUGUACACUUUUGUAAUUGAGAUGUAAUGUAAGAAAAAGGUGAUAUAUUUAAUAAAAACAUUACC